CCUGACGCAAGUCACGCAACGUCUGUGUAUUCGCGCAGGCUUGCAGUUCUUUCGUGUAACCUUCUUCUAACCUUACCAAACACGUUCCUUGAAAGCAUCUUCUUCAAACUGGAGAGCUGAGAUCGGAGGAGGACUGUCGAGAUCGUAGACAUUCUACAGCCAUAUUGUCGAGCCACUUCACGGACGCGAACACCACGCUCAUAUUUUUCUAUCAUUUCCAUCUUCAUUUCAAUGACAUCACUGAAGAAGGUCUUCACCAGGAGAAGCACAAUACCCCCCAGAUAAAACAGUAGUCGGAGAUGCCUUAUAUCAAACAGGAGGCGGAGCCCGAGACCCCAAUUAUUAAGGAAGAAGAACAGGAAGAUGAAAUCAGCACAUUUCCAUUGACUGUCAUUGUGAAGAGUGAAGAAGAUGAAGGUCCAAGCGAAGAGAGCGGCGCAGCGAAACCUUGGGGCGACAACUCGUUUCAUCACCUGACAACAAAAGACGUCACUGAAGAUCUUCACCCUGAAAUGCACAAUGCCACCCACGUUAUACUGGAGAAGUCGGAGAUACUGUAUAUUAAACAGCAGGCAGAGCCAGAGUCCCCCAGCAUUACAGAAGAAGAACAGGAAGAUGAAAUGACCAAAUGUCCAAUGACUGUCGUUGUGAAGAGAGAAGAAGAUAAAGGUACAAGCGAAGGGAGCGGAGCAGCGAAACCUCAAUCUCGACGCCUGACAACAAAAGGUGAGGGGGGAUCACAACCCGACGGCCUCUUAGCCCCGCUGUCGGAGAGCGAUGAUGUAACCUCUCACUCCGAAACCGACACGAAUGAGAAGGAUGUUGACUUUAAGCCAAAUUGUUCAAAAUCUUUAAAAAAGUCAUCACUGAAACGAGGAACGAAAGAACACUCUGGUGAGAAAUCUUUUAGCUGCUCUCAUUGCGAUAAAAGAUUUUCUCAGAAGAAACUGUUAACAAAACAUAUAAGAACACACACGAAGCCUUUUCUAUGCAACUUCUGUGGUAAAGGAUUCACUUUUGAGAUCUAUUUAACCAUGCACGCAAGAGCACACACCGGAGAGAAGCCUUUUGCCUGCACACUUUGCGAAAAAAGAUUUUCUUUGAAGCAUCACUUAACGAGACACUCUCGUACACACACUGGAGAGAAACCUUUUGCUUGCGCUCAUUGCGAUAAAAGUUUUUCUCAGAAGAUUCAUUUAAAUCGACAUAAACGUACACACACUGGAGAAAAGCCUUUUGCCUGCGCGGUUUGCGAGAAAACAUUUUCUCAGAUGUCUCAUUUAAAAAUACAUCAGCUUACACACACUGGAGAGAGGCCAUUUCCCUGCUCACUUUGUGGGAAAAGAUUUGCCCGGACGCAAGAUUUAAACAAACACAUAAGAAGACACGCCGGAAAGAAACCUUUUCCCGAUCAUUUUGAGAUUGAAGAUUUUGUCGUAAGCAACAAUUAAAGGGUAUGAAAACGCAAAGGGGGUGUGAGACAUCAAUAGAACCGUUAUGUGCCAAGUUAACAAAAAAAUAUCAAUCUCAUUAAUGAGCAAUUAUCGAAAAUAGAUCGAAAAUGACGAACAUUUCCGAAAGUGUUCCGGAAACAGCCGAAUGGGGCGGAGACGUCAUAACAAGGAAACAAAAGGUCGAGGCAGGUGCCAUCGUUGUUUAUCGACGAGAGAGUUGCGUUCCUGUUCUAUCAGAAAAUCGCUAAAAUGGUUCAAAUCUGUCAUGCUAUGUGGUUUACAAAUAGCCAUUUGUCGCAAUGUAGUACCCAUGACUUCCCAAACGCGAGAAAAAGAGCUGGACUACGCAGACAAUGGGUAAAGUUCGUCAGUGCUAAGAGGGCUAAUUUUGCAAUUUUACAGGGAAACGUGAACCUGACGAGCCAGAAGAUGUGCCUACAACCUCAAAGAAAACAAAAUUUAUGCUACUUCCCAAUUACUAAAGACCCACGAACUGCGAAGGAGUAAAUUCGUGACCCGUAUGUGAAUAAAUCGAGUGAUUCGAGCAUGUCUGUGGAACAGGAAUAUCAGCUUGUAGAGAUCGCAAAUCACGGCGACUUAAACGUACAUUUGAGACAACAACUCUACCGAAGUCCUGGAUUAAAGUUGUUUCGGAAUAUCCCGACAUCGCUUGGAGCGCGCUGAAAACUGCUACAAUUUCCAACAUCGCUAGCUUGAUGCUAGCUUCUCUCACUCUCCCAUCUCGUCUUAACGAAUUCAGCGGGUGAGUUGUAUAUUUUCCCUGCACUUAACACGACGGGGCUAAAAACAAAUGCUAUUUUAUAUUUGCUGUAUUUUUCUGCCGCACAUUGCCGGUGUUCUGACAAAGUUGGCAUGCGCGUAACGUUAAAAAGGACCGCGAAUGCAGCGAUUCCUAAGUACACACUACAAACUUUCUUUUAAGAAAGGAAUAUUAACUUACGUUUGCCAUGUUUGGCGCACACAACAACUGCACGUAGCCCUCUCACUUAACGACUUCGCCGUGUCGUUAAGCGUUAAUUUACGCCAUUUCCGUGUUGCACAUGUAUGUUUGUGAUGUAAAUAGUUUUUUAGCACCAUUGGAUAACAUUGAGAGUCCAACUGAAUAUAAAAGAGGGACACUGGUCCGUGAAAAAAAGACCCAAAUCACACCGGGGACCCCUGCUCUAAUCCAAUUCAUAUUUGUGUCAGUUGGCAGAGCGAAACCGAUGAUAGCAUAUUAAAUGAUACUUAUUCUAUACAUUACUUUAUUUUGCGGUCACGGUGUAUCAGCUUCACAAAAAGAAAUGCAAAACAUACCAUUUGGUGUUUCCCCACACGAACUGUUGUCGGGGUUGAUUCAGUGUGAUUGCUCCCCUCAAUGAUCCUUUCAUUAGGCUGCAUUGGCUUUCGUUUGGGCUCAAAUUGUUAACCCAAAACACCAAAGAAAGGUUCAUAACUCUCCUCUUCACCAUUAGAAGAAUGUUCGUUACGUCGGAUUCGUCGCUGCAACUAGAAACGUAAUUGUCCGCCAUCAUCGCCGCCAUUCAGUACUAAAGCACUGAGCCGGUUGUUUCCUUGUUUUGAUGUCACGCACACAAUUUGCCAGAUUUCCGGGAUCUUGGGGGCGGGUCUUUUUAGCUUGAAAUUGACCCAAAUUUCUCUCAUUUUCUUGGUGUUGCGAUGUGUGUAAUUACACGAAGUGACAUGAUAUGAAUCCAAAAGGCAUUCGUUUAUGGAUAAAUGAUGGAAUAUUAGCAUUUCCCCAGGUGUUCACAUACACUUUAACAACACACACUGGAGGAAAAUAUUUUCUUUGCACAUUUUGUGGUAAUAGGUUCACUUGCAAGUAGACAUGUUCUUAUUACCGGUUUUAAGGUAUACCGUGGCAUGAAAACAUCACUGUUUUAAAACCGCAAAAAUUUCCGUCAUACCGUCCCUUCAGCGAUUUAUUAUUUUUUUUAAUGUCCCAUAAAUGCAAGGCUGCAAGGCUCAACCCUCCCCCACCGGUUGUUGCUCAGUGUCAGUCAGCUGUGCUACACGAUGGCUGGAGGAGGUGAAACUCCUCAACUUUUUCCCCCAUGGAAGAAAACGCAAUCGCUGGUAUGGGAAUACUUCGGCUACAGAAUAGUUACAAACAGCCGCGGCUUAGAGAAGGGCCAACCAACAUGUUUGCGGAGGGUGGCUGCCAAAGGAGGCAAUACCUCCAAUAUGAUUUCUCAUUUAUACAAAAUUAGUUCGUAAACACUGUCAUGAACGUUUCCAACCAGCAUCGAAAGUUAACUCCAGCGUGUUUAGUGGGUCUAGUGGUUGUUUUUCUCUGGCAACUGUAUGUUUUGAGAAAGAGAGUGUGUGUAUGAUGGAAACAUAUACGAGUCAUACACACGUGCUUUUAUAGAAAAUAAUAAAAUUUUUGUUCUGAUGGUAAUAAUGUUGAGCUGUGGCUGUGGGUUUAGGCUCACUUAAAGGACUUUAUUUUAUCAUUUAUUUCAUCAUCAUAUCAUCAUUUAUUUUAACAUUAUACUUAUGUUCAAAUUUGCUAACAUGCUUUGAAAAAUAAACAAUCCUGUUCAAUGGAAAAAACUUCAUUUAUUUUUUAACCCAGAUAUCUCAGAUUAACACAUUCUAGAGCUUUAUUUGCAUUACCUUGAUACCAUGAUAUUUCGGCUUAAGGUUACCAUAACAUCAGAAUCUCAAACCGGCACAUGCCUACUUGCAAGGGACAUUUUGAAUUGCACAUAAGGGAACACCUUUCAUUUGCAGUGUGUGACAAAAUAUUCUGAAUACUGCCACGCAUUUACAGUGGGAAAAGCAUUUCAAUUUCCUCAUUCAGUAUUUCUUGAGCCUCUUUUAAAAAAGUAGUUCUUGUGAUUUUGACACCUAUGCAAUGUUCUGGAUUUUGUUUUUUAAUUCAAUGAAUUGCAUUACAUCUCGUUCUGAUGAGAUUGUUCCAUAACUUACUGCUUCCUGCAUUUUGCUAUUUUACAUCUGGAAAUUUGAGUCUAGACUAGUAAACCAGUUUUGCUAAUGUUACCAUGACAACUUGUACACUUCUUGUUCUUGACCUGAACUAACGAAAGUUGAAACAAAAUGUGCCUGACCUUGUGUGAAAUGUGAUCUUUAUCGUGCAUUUAACUACACCCAGAUAUUACAGGCUGGUCAAACGUCGAUCCCUUUGUCGACGACCCCCUUCCCUUUCCUGACCCCACAGAUUUAGAUACUACUAUUUACUCCUUAGUGCUUUUUGAUAUUUUACUUCUGAAUGUUGGCAUUUGUCAGCCAGUUCUGUAUCUCCCCGAAACCAACUUCCUCCCUUCUUUCUCUCUCACACUGUUUACAAAACAUCAAUUAAUGGUUCUCCUCAAACCUCCCAAUAGCCCCAAACCAAGUUCUUCUAGUCCCCACCAUGCUCAUACAGUGGGGAGAACAAGUAUUUGAUACACUGCCGAUUUUGCUGGUUUUCCCACUUGCAAGCCAUGUAGAGGUCUGUAAUUUGUAUCAUAAAUUCUCUUCAACUGUGAGGGACGAAAUCUAAUACAAAAAUCCAGAAAAUCACAUUGUAUAAUUUUUAAAUAAUAAAUUUGUAUUUAACUGCAUGAAAUAAGUAUUUGAUACAUUACCAACAAGUAAAUAUUUCGGCUCUUAGUUCUUUUUAAGAAACCCUCCUGUUCUCCACUCAUUACCGGAAGUAAUUGCACCUGUUUGAACUUGUUACCUAUAUGAAAGACACCUGUUCACAUGCUCAAACAAACAAACUCCAACCUAUCCACAAUGGCCAAGACCAAAGAGCUGUGUAAGGACAUCAGGGAUAAAAUAAUAGACCUGAACAAGGCUGGGAUGGGCUACAGGAAAAUAAGCAAGCAGCUUGGUCAGGAGUUAACAACUGUUGGAGCGAUUAUUAGAAAAUGGAAGAAGUUCAAGUGGACGGUCAAUCUGCCUCGUUCUGGGUCUCCAUGCAAGAUCUCACCUCGUGGGGCAUCACUGAUCAUGAGGAAGGUGAUGGAUCAGCCCAGAACUACACGGCAGGACCUGGUCAAUGACCUGAAGAGAGCUGGAACCACAGUUUCGAAGAAAACCAUCGGAAACACAUUACACCGUCAUGGAUUAAAAUCCUACGGCACACGCAAGGUCCCGCUGCUGAAGCCAGUGCAUGUCCAGACACGUCUGAAGCUUGCCACUGACCAUCUGGAUGAUACAGAGGAGCAAUGGGAGAAGGUCAUGUGGUCGGAUGAGACCAAAAUGGAACUUUUUGGUCUAAACUUGUCGUGUUUGGAGGAAAAAGAAGGAUGAGUACAACCCCAAGAACACCAUCCCAACCGUGAAACAUGGAGGAGGAAACAUUUUUUGGGGCUGCUUCUCUGCCAAGGGUACAGGACGACUGCACCGUAUUGAGGGGAGGAUGAAUGGGGCUAUGUAUCGCCAGAUCUUGGCUGACAACCUCCUUCCUUCAGUGAGAGCCCUGAAGCUGGGUCUUCAAGCAUGACAACGACCCAAAGCACACAGCCAUGUCAUUUAAAGAGUGGCUCCGUAAGAAGCAUCUUAAGGUUUUGGAGUGGCCUAGCCAGUCACCAGAUCUGAACCCGAUAGAAAAUCUAUGGAGGGAGCUGAAAGUCCGUGUUGCCCGGCAAGAGCCCGGAAACUUGAAGGCUCUGGAGAAGAUCUGCAUGGAGGAGUGGGCCAAAAUCCCUGCUGCAGUGUGUGCAAACCUUGUCAAGGACUACAGGAAACGUUUGGUAUCUGUAAUAGCAAACAAAGGUUUCUGUACUAAAUACUAAGUUCGAUUUUUGUGAUGUAUCAAAUACUUAUUUCAUGCAAUUAAAUGCAAAUUUAUUAUUUAAAAAUCAUACGUGAUUUUCUGUUUUUUUGUAUUAGAUUCCGUACCUCACAGUUGAAGAGAACUUAUGAUACAA